AUGAGUUCCAACUAUGACGACGACAUUUACGGUGGAUUUGCUGGUGUAACCAAUAAGUUGUUCAAUUACGACGCGAAAGAAGAUCAAGCGUUUCAAAAUGCGGUGCGAACGUCUAGCUACGGGAAAAAGACAACAACACCAAAGUUUUUCUGGAACGGUGAUAAAAUCGGUUCGGCAGAACCGACCACUGCCAUGGCCCGCCCGUCUACGGCAAUCCGGCCGGUCGGGUACUCGUCGCACAGUUCGAAGCUGUUCGACCCGCUCAACCAGGCGGCGAAAAAGAUAGUCGUGAUGGAGAGCAAAAAGGAGGAAACACCCGAGCAGCGGUACAAGAAUCUGGAGACGAAGAUUUACGCGUUGCUGGAGGAAUCCAUCGUGGCCAGCACCGGCCCAAAGCCGGACAUGGCGAUCGGGCUGGCGAAAGCAAAGGAAGCUUCGUCCCUCGACCGGACGUUGCUGCGAAUGCGGGACCAGGACGGUGGCACUUACACGCACAACUUCGACCUUACUUUCUUCGUGCUGUUCAAUCUGGCCAACGUCUACGCCAAGAGCGAGAUGUACAUCGAGGCGCUCAACACGUACACGCUGAUGACGAAGAACAAAAUGUUUCCGAACGUGAACCGGUUGAAGAUCAACAUGGGCAACAUUUACUUCCACCUGGGGCUUUACACGAAAGCGAUCAAAAUGUACCGGAUGGCGCUGGACCAGGUGCCGGGAAAUCAGAAGGAGCUGCGGCUGAAAAUAACGCACAACAUUGGCAUCCUGUUUAUUCGCAUGGGCCAGUAUUCGGAUGCGGCCACCAGCUUUGAGUUUAUCAUGUCCGAAAAGGGUGACCUGAAGACGGGAUUGCACCUGAUCCUGUGCUACUACGCGUUGGGAAACGUGGAGAAGAUCAAACACGCGUUCCAGCUGCUGCUGGACAUUCAAAUCGAUUACAACGAGGAGGAAAAGGUGUUCCAGGCAAAUUCCAAUCCGUCGUACGAGUACAUCAACGAGCUGAUCAAAUCGGAUGAGCUGCACAAUUACGAGCGAAAACUGCGCCAGCUGGCGGAGAAGAACAUUCUGAUCUCGGCCAAUCUCAUUUCGACCAUCAUUGACGACUACUUCAACGAUGGGUACAGCUGGUGUGUGGAAACGAUUAAGAACUCGUACUUUUCUACGCUGGCCACCGAUUUGGAGCUGAAGAAGGCCGUCAUCUACUUGAAGCAGGACGACUUUCAACAGGCCAUCGAUACUUUGAAGUACUUCGAAAAGAAAGAGUCCAACAUUGCCAUCAAUGCGGCCAUCAAUUUAAGUUUUAUCUACAUUUUGAAAAAGGACAUUGCGGCCGCAGAAACGUAUGCCGAGGCGGCAAAAAAGAUCGACAGCUACUGCCCGGCGGCCUUCAUCAACAGUGGUGUUUGCUUCAUGCUGAAAAAUGACUACGAAUCGGCCAAGCUGAUGUUUACCAGCGCGCUGGACAUCGAUUCGACCUCGUUCGAGGCCCUGUACAACAUGGGACUGAUCUUUAAGAAGCUGGCCGACCACAACACAGCACUGCUGUACUUUCGGAAAAUAAUUUCCAGUCUCGGCCACGAGCAACACCCGGAGGUUUUGUAUCAGAUCGCGCAACAGUAUGACUUGCUGGGUGACGUUAGUACGGCCCUCGAGUACUACCUCCAGCUGCUCAGUCUGGUGCAACAGGAUCACAAAAUUAUCCAGCGCAUCGGAGAGCUGUACGAAGCGGACGGCGAGCGGCAACAGGCGUACCAUUACCAUCACGAGUCGUACCGCAUCUAUCCGAUCGAGUCCAGCGUCAUCAACUGGCUCUGUUCGCACUACAUCGAACUGCAGGUGGUCGAGAAAGCGAUCGGAUUCUACGAAAAAGCAGUCCUUCGCAACCCACAGGAUCCGUACUAUCUGCUGCGCAUUGCCGGCUGCUAUCGUCGCAUCGGAAAUCAACAGAAGUCGAUGAACCUCUUCCGGAUGAUCCACGAGCACUAUCCGGAAAACACAGACUGCCUGCGGGCCCUCAUGCAUCUGACGCAGUCGCAGGGGAAUAGUGAGGCGUACGAAAAGUACGCCAGUGAGUUGCAAAAGCUGGAAAAGCAGAAGGAAGUACGGCAGCGCAUCGGCAAUGGCCGCCCACCAACGAGCAGCAACUCUCGCCUCUCCAGCGGAGAGUACAGUAGUGCGCGUGCCGCUGUGACCGCGUCUCACGAAGGAGGAUACCAAGCUCCCGGAACGGCUUCCGGACAUCAUAGCGCAGGCCAGACCGGUAAAAGCGCCGACGUAUCUCCUGAAUAUAGUAAUAGUUUUGCGCAGGCUGCGUACACUUAUGGAGAUCCAUUGGGACCACCACAAGAGCGACCGCGAACCGGCGUUCGCCGGAAUCUUACUUUUGAAGACGAAUCGGACGAAGAGAUAAACACCUACGAUCUGUUGCCAGUCUGA